UGAAAAUCGCAGAAUGGAAGAAUUCAAACGCGGGACAGCAGAAUUUGUCCCCGAUAUGAAUUCGGUGCUCAAAACUUCUAAGGAUAAUCGGAAGGCCGCCGUCUAUUGUGGGCUAUAUUUGGAUAAACACGCGGACUUGUUUCAUAAGAUGGAUCCUGGCUUCCGUCACACGAAAAGCGAUCUGUGAUUGAGGUUGCAUGAAAACGAUGAAGGACGUGGAGCGGAAAUUUUAUCGUGUGCCUGGCCAUUUGCUCACUGACCGCUUAGAACAUUUUCCGUGUUUGCCAAACAAAAUUUUCCUGAAGUUACUCGAAUACGUCACGUCAGAAUCUCUACGUCAAAUUGUUCUAUUCUGCCCUACCAUAAAGAUGCAGGAUGUUUCCGUGUUUAGUUUCCGUUCUUUCGACCAAUGUAUGUUUGUUUCCUCACCAUUAUUUAUUUUUCAAAUCAAUCUUUCAGAAAAUUAG